UCAAAGGUGCAACAGGCAACAGGUGGUAGAAGUGCUGCAAGUUUAAACUGACAUUUUGUAGCAGGCUUCGAAAAGAGAGACAGACGACGGAGUGAGAGAGUCGAUCGUAGUCAACGUAAACAUUAUUGUUUGUAGUCGGCCAAACUUUUAACUGUACGUUUUUUGAAAAGGACAGUUGUUUCAUAGUUCUAUGUUGCAAGUUUGCGCGGCCUGGGCUCCUGAUUUUGAUAGAUGUUAAUUUGUCAUUUCACCGUGGUUUGAUACAGUUUGAGUUGCCUGCCCCCCUGUGACGGUGGUUCUUCAUGUGAAAGCAGCAAACACCUGAGUACUCUCCUUUGCUGGUGAAUGAAGCGUUGGCGUGCCCUACACAUCUCAUUCAUGACAUAGUUGCAAACAGGCAGUUUUCAGCAUCAGUCUCCAAUAGUAGUUGUGGUAACGAGUUCGUGGCCGCUAACAUCUCGACCACCGACAUCGAAAUGCGCAGGUCGAAGCGUUUAGAGUGCGCAAGGCGCAGUGGCGACUGUGAGGACCAGUCAGGGAAGGAGAGAUUGGAGUGCAUAGUGGAGAGUGAGGGCGACACAGGAGAGGAGAAAUUAGAGUGCAGAGUGAAGAGUGUGGACAACACAGGAGAGGAGAAAGUAGAGUGCAUAGUGAAGAGUAGGAGAAAUUGGAGUGCAAAGUUCACAGUGAGGAGCAAGGAGGGGAGAAGAAAGCGAAGCUCGUCAAGCCGGCUUCCAACCAAGACCAUGUUCAGAAACAUCUGCAGGCUCAGUCAGAUGAAAAAGAAUUUGAGUGCUCCGUUUGCCUCAAGAGUUUUUCUUCUUCGAAACUUUUGCGUUUACAUCUUAAAAUCCACACAGGAGAGAAACCAUUUGAAUGCCCGAUUUGCCUCAAGAGAUUUCGUUCAUCACACCAUCAAAAAGCCCAUAGACUAGUCCAUACGGGGGAAAAGCCGUAUAAGUGCCCCACCUGUGACAAGAAGUUUUCUACACAGGGCUAUGUGAAAGUACAUAUGCGAAGCCACUCAGGGGAAAGACCUUACACAUGCUCGGUCUGCAGCAUGACGUUUGCUGUACCGGUCUGUCUGCGGCUGCACAUGCGCACCCACACAGGAGAGAAGCCAUAUGAGUGCUCUGUCUGCAGCAAAAAGAUCAGUAUACUGAACGGGCUGAAGUCUCAUCUUGUGACCCACACAGGAGAGAAGCCGCACGAGUGCUCCGUCUGCAACAAGAAGUUCUCUCUAUCGUCCAAUUUACGAAGACAUGUGCGAGCAACACACGCUGGUGAAAAGCGAUUCGAGUGCCCUGUUUGUAAAAGGUCAUAUGCUGCCAAUUAUGAUCUAGUCAGACAUUCUCGAACGCACACGGGUGAAAGGCCAUUUGCAUGUUCCGUUUGUCCCAAAAAAUUCCUGACAUCUAAAGAACGGAAAUUACAUGUACGGUCCCACACAGGAGAUAAGCCAUAUGCGUGCCUCAUCUGCUUCAAAAAAUUUUCUGCAUCUUCAAGUCUGCAGUAUCAUCUCCGAACCCAUACGGGGGAGAUAGAGAAGCUGCACGAGUGCUCCAUCUGCAACAAGAAGUUCUCUCUUUCGGGCAAUUUGCGCGCGCACCUCCGAAUCCACACCAAUAAGGAGCUACUUAAAUGUUCGGUCUGCGACAAACUAUUCUCAUCUUCCAGCAGUCUGAAAUUACACCAGAAAAGACACACUGGAGAUAAGUCAUUUAAGUGUUCCGUCUGCAACAAAACUUAUUUCUCAUCUAGCGGACUGAAGUCACAUUAUUUCACACACACAGAUUCUAAGCAGACAUUUGAAUGUACCAUUUGUAAGAAGACAUUGUUAUCACACCAUCAAAAGCGACACAUGCAAACCCACACCGGCGAAAAACCAUUCGAGUGCUCUGUGUGCAAGAAGAAGUUUGCACAGUCGUCGGAUCUAAGGUCACACAUGCUCACCCACACUGGUGAAAAGCCAUACGCGUGCUCUCUUUGCGACAAGGCAUAUACUUCAACGACUAACUUGCGUUUACAUCUCCAAACCCACACAGGAGAGGAGCCCAAGAAGCCACACGAGUGUCCCGUAUGCCUCAAGAAGUUCUCCUCGCGUAGCUAUGUGCAGACACAUUUGCGAACCCACACAGGCGAAAAGCCAUUCGAGUGCGCCACCUGCGGGAAAGCAUUCUCAACGUCUUCUGCCUUGGUGACACAUCAGCGUACUCACACAAAAGAGAAGCCAUUCGAGUGUCCUGUUUGCAACAAAAAGUGCUUUCAUCUCCAGGAACACAUGCGGACCCACACGGGAGAGAAACCAUUUGAGUGCUCAGUUUGCAACCAGAAGUUUUCCCAAUCGUCCAACCUACGCACACAUCUUCGAACCCAUAGAAGACAAGCACCUUGACUGUUCCCUUUGCAAGAAUUUACUUCUAUAGCUCAGUUUGAAGACACACAUGCAAACCAAAAUAAUGCUGAGGGAAAAUUCAACCGCCUUUCUGUAUGAUGUUUUUUUCUAUUGACUUUUCCUGACGAAACA